UUCCCACUCUGGAGUGUGUGGUGUGUUCUGACAUUGGCACCAACUGUACGGGCAAUCUGGAGACCUGUCACCAUGAACAAGACACCUGUGUCGUCAUUUUAAUUCAUAACACUCUCGGGGGCAAAGCGAUGCAGACAGUGACCAAGGGCUGUGAAUCCAGUGUAGUCUGUCAUGAUUCAAAAACCCACUUGAAUAUGGGGAAUGGGAAAAUCCUUCAAGGAAGUUUGGUUUGUUGUGAUGCAAAUGCUUGUAAAACAGCCAUCCCUACACUACCACCAGCAGAGACUAAGACCAAUGGAGUGCGAUGCCCUGCCUGCUUUUCUGAGACGGGCUCAUGCGAGAAAGAAUUGACGAAUUGUACUGGAGAGGAAUAUUACUGCUUCCACCUGUUUACGCGUUCCUAUGCAAAUGGAGAGCUCUGGGACUCAAUCAUGGAAGGCUGCACCACCAAGGAAACGUGCCACACCAUCAAUGAUGGGCACCUGACCAUCGUGGAACGUGGUAACACUGUGGUUAUAAAUUCCAGAUGUUCAAAGGCUAAAUCAAAGGGGGUUUACUCUUGGGAAUUCCAUCCCCUGAAUUUUGCUGGGUUCCUGUUUCUGAGAGUCUUCCUCUAAAAGACAUUUGCUAUGGGGCUGCCUCAGCUCUGCCACGGAAGGAAAGGACUGAUUUAUUUAGGCUUCCUUCUUGUCCCUACAGUGCCUCAAGGGGCAAUGAACCUCCCUCUUUGCAUUGUGUCUCCGCUUUCUUUGGUAAAAAUAAAUGACAUG